AUGUCUCAGUCAGUGCUUGAUUCUGGUCCCAGGUCAAAUAUCAGCGACAAUUCAGAAAUCAGCUCUGUCGUGUUAACCAGAUCUUCGCCCUCCGGCAUGAAUGAUUCUUCAAGCUCUCAGCAUCGACCUCUUCUUCAUCAUAAAGGCCAAUUUCUGGGUGAUUGUGUUAUUUGCUUGUCGGCUCAAGUGACUAUCGCCCUUCUGCCUUGUCGACAUACCGUCAUCUGCCGUGAAUGUCUUGAUCAUCAGCUGAAUGAGACACAAAAUUACGAUACUUCCACUCAUACACUCUCUAUCGCUGGCGACGACGACGGUGCUCUCCAAUCUGAGAUGGUUUUGAGGCACCGACUUCUCCGGUUACUGCAUCAGACUGGAGUCGUUUGUCCCAUUUGCCGCACCUCCGUUUCAGGGUUGCUUGAACUGCCAUGCACUCUCAGCGAUCAAGCAGCUACUGUCUGA